AUUUAGAUGAAACUUCAAAAGUGUGAAACCAUCAGAAAAUAAUAGAUCGGUAUUUGUUAGUUAUAUUAUAGAAUCUAUGUACAUAAAAGUAGUUUUCUUUUUUAUAAUUCGUGGAAAGUGACAAAAAAUUAAAAGGUCACGAUUAAGUGACCCCUGGUUGCGCAUGUUACUCUUAGUUCCAUUGACUAAUGUUAAGCAAAGAAAGAAAGUGAAAGCAGAUAGAUGUGCAGGUUUAAAAUGAAUGUGUCGUAAUAUUUAUUCGAGUAAUAAGAUACACCAAGUAUAAUACACAUAUUCUCAUGACAAAUCACGUGCGAUACAAGAGAAUGAAAUAAUACAAUUUGUCUUGUGUGUUUUUCAAAUCAUUUAUGGUUAAUUGUAUACACAUGCACUGUAUACUUGAAAAUGACCUAGAUAGGUUAUACCAUUAUGAUACCUGACCUAAAUUUUUCUGUGUACCAUUAUAAUAAGAAGUACUAUGUCUGCUUCAUUGUCUAAUAUGUUCACUCGAUGAAUAUACAAUGGAAUGGAAUGGCUCUAGAGAAAUGGAGGAACGUAGGUGCAUUGCAGAUACUGGGAAAACUUUAAGAAAGUAUGGAAGUACAGCUAAACACAUGACCAGAACAGAGAGUUUAAUAAAACAUAUUGUUUUAUCUACGGAUACACUUCAAGGAAUUGCACUUAAAUAUGGUGUUACAACUGAGCAAAUAAGAAGAGUUAAUCGACUAUGGGCAUCAGAUAGUUUAUUUUUAAGAGAAUAUCUCCUUAUACCUGUUAGUGCAGAGAGCCCAUUAGCUUCAUCCAUUGAAUCUGCUUCAUACAGUGAUUCAGAAUGUAACACUUCUCAAAAUGUAUCUAGUCCAUCUGUAACAUCACCAUUAGACGAUGAAAGUACAGCUGACGACUUCUUAGCUAAAAUGGAUUCUAGUAUAGCUAAUGUUAAGAAAGAAAUUAAACGUACUCAAGGAAGUAGUGAAUUCUGUAAUGAAGGUAAUGACACUUAUGUACAACAACGAAAAUCAUCCAAUAAAUUUAGAGAUUCGCUUUCUUCGAAUACCAAUAUAUCAGCUCAUUCAUCAGAAUUAAGGCUAUCAUCAUCCUCUAGUGAUACGCAAAAUUUUCCCACCGCUGUAGUAAUGACCCAGGGAAGAAAAGUUAAAACGUCGUUACAAAGACUUCAACAGCAACAGGAUGAAAUGUUCCAAUUGUAGCAUCUAAGUCUUAUUAAUGUAUAAUAUUUUACAAUUCAGCAGAUGUUAUUAAAGACCUUGCU